AUGAUCGUCAUGAGACGCAGCAACGUUGUCGAAUUCCUCGGCCGCAGACAGGCCAGCGAGUUGCUCUUCUCCCGUGUGGACGAGAUCGUACUUAGUGCGCCGUCGGGUCGUCGCCAAGACAGUCAGAGCAAGAGCAAGAACGCGCCGCGUACGAGGAGGGCACAGCGGGACGACGACUGGGCGACGACGAAGACGCUCGCGACGUCGGCCAUGAAGAAGAUGUCGCGUAAGAACUUUCGCGGGGGUCCGCUGUUCUCCAGUAAGUCAAGCAAUUCAGCGGCAUCGCACGGGCCCAGCAGCUCUUCCCCCGGCAUGAACAGCGCGGGGGCUAGCGGCAUCAUGCGCCGUGCCACGUGGGCUGACAAAAUCCGCGACAAAAUGCCGCCUCUGGGCGAGAACGAGUACGAAGUGCUAUGGGAACGCGGCGUAUUGGGCGUGAUCUUCCUCGAGUCGGAGAAAGACGGCAUCCCGUACGUGUCGAAGGCCACCGAGUCGUGUAUCUCCCCCGCUGUGAGCCAGGGAGACAUCCUCAAGUACGUGAACGUGGUGCGCUCAAGAGACCACUCGUUCUCGGACUUUUUCAAGAUUCUGGCCACCAUGAAGAAGCCCGUACUACUGCGUUUCGAGCGCAUUACAGCCAGCACUCCGUCGUCAGAUGAGGACGAGGCCUCGCAGCUCUUUGGUGUGCAUCGUACCAGCUCCACGACCGCCGUCAACAGUGCCAGUCAUUAUGCCAGACAGAAUGUACCCAAUCCGGACGAAGGAGACCCCGCGGGCAAGUUCCAGAGAGCCAACUCCGUGCCGCAGAAGGACCAGAAACCGCCUAAAGCCACGAGAGGAGCGUUCUGGCGGGCUCCGUCGGCUAAGGACUCGGUGGGGCCAGGAAACCCUGCGCAAUCGGUUGGACCCAGUGGGGUGAACGGGGGGAAUGACCGAAUGGGCGCGUCACAGGCUCAUCGACGCGCUCCAACCAAUAGAGACCACCAGGUAUCGCCACGAGACGCUGUAGCUGCUAACGGGACGAGGGAACACUCUUCCCACUCGCCUCUGGGGCCUCAUGAGUACCAGGUAAACUGGGAAACAGGCUCGUUGGGUCUGUUCUUUGCAGAGGACCGAGCGACGAACUUACCGGUCGUGACGCGCUCUACGCCGAGUGCAAACCCUGUGGUGCGACGCGCUGUUGCUGUCAACGACACGCUCGUAUCAGCCAAUGGCAUCAAGUCAGCCGACUACACGUUUGAGGCGUUCUUUGGUCGUCUGCAGCAGAUGAACAAGCCCGUGAGGCUGGUGUUUAGACGAAGACAGCCUCAUGAACAAGUCGUUAUUGUAAAGCAAGGAGAGCAGCAACAGCAGCAGAGGCAACAGCAGCAACAGCUGCAGCAACAGCUUCAGCAACGCCAACAGGAUAUGCGGGAACAGGAACAGAAGCGGGAAUUGCUCAAAAUUCGUGAGCAAGAACGCGAGAAACAGCUUCGUGAACAGCAAGAACGUGAGAAACAACUACAUGAGCAGCAGCUUCGCGAACAGCAACAGCGUGAGAAGGAACUACGUGAGCAGCAACAGCGUGAGAAGGAGCUUCGCGAACAGCAACAACGUGAGAAGGAGUUGCGUGAGCAGCAGGAAGCGGUGUCACGGAACCGGACGCCGUCUGUCACGGUGGACACAGCAUCAGCCAUACCGGCUGAGGGUAGAACACCUCACCGCAAUCGCACGCCCAGUCCAACGGUAAAGCGUGCAUCCACUCCACCUCCCCGUCCACCGUCGCCCCAAGUCCGGCUGGACUUUGCUGAGAAUCGUGGUGACUACCAUGCGGACCGAGCCAACAUGCGAACACCUCCUCCGAUCUCCCCGGUAAUACCGCGCAAGACGGCAGAAAGUGCCUCGAGUACCAACUACGAAGUUUCACCGAAGGCCAGUAUGCCUCCCAUGGUGCGUAGCUCACCGCGAGUUGACAAGUUUGACCAUUCGCCAGCUUCUUCGCCACAUAUUGGAAGCUCGCCCAAGGUGAGCAGCUCGCCGCUAACGUCACCCGUGUCCCCGUUCGUUGCAACUGAGAUCGCUAACGAAGUGAGCAUUCCACCUCCAUCACCUGUUGUACGAGACGACGACGAUGUUACGGUCCAUUCUUCAGUAGAGGAAGAAGCGGCAUCGUCGGCAUUGAAUCAAAGUCGCAGCAUUUUUGAGAAAUUUCACGGUCGACGGAGUCGGAACAGUAGCGAGGAGCAACGCCAGCAGCCAAUAGCAACGACGAUCCCUGUGAAGGUUGAGGAGCCGGUAUUGUCUCCAGUCAGCAAGACGACGCAUCUGUCUCCGACUGAGCCGUGGGAUCUGCCUGAACAAAUUCCGUCGCCGACGAUUGAGGCGGAGCCAUUUGUAGUUGAUGAAGACGACGAUAUUGACGUGGGCGUCCCUGUUUCACCCAGCUCCGAGUCCCAUCUGGAUCAUAUUGUGAUGGCUGGAGAAGCUGAGCUGGCUGAAGCAGUGGAACUGGAGGAGGCGGAGGAAGUGGAUCUGGUUGAAGAGGCCGAACUUGCCGAAGCAGAGCUGGCUGAAGAGGCUGAACUGGCUGAAGUCGAAGAACCAGAGCCGGUUAUUUCAUCGCGUGCUGUGGUUAACUCAGAGGACGAUGUCGAAGUCGGCUUGCUUGCUGACGAUAUGGAGGUGGGCAUUGCUGUCGAAGAGAGCGAGUCUGACGUUGUGGAGAGCAGUACAGCAGAGAGCGACCAGAACCCAUGGGAUCUUGAACCAGAAUCGAAGACACAUCAUCCUGACAGCCAGCCUUCUUCUACCACUGAAAGCUCAUUGAUGGAAGGUAUCGUAGAACCCUCCAAGGUUGACUUUACUGACACUCCUGAGUCCUCCGAUGAGUUCACAAGUGACCAUGAUAUUUCCAAUGACAUGGAUAUCGUGGACGGCGACAUUAUGAUGCAGGAAGCUCCGAAGGACAAAGUGGACGUCAACCCGCCGAGGCCAAGCAAGUCGUCUCUGAACGCCAACUUGGCCAAGUAUAAGAAGAAGGGCAAGACUUCUCGUGGUGUCAUCAAGCUACCGAUACUUGGUGAAGAGGAGGCACUGACGGUGCCGCUAGUCGCGCCGAACGCUGUAAACACGACCGUCCAAGUACGUGGCCGACCGAAACCCAAGUUCACGAUGGCGGACACUCCUGACAGUACAACGUAUCUAAUCAAGUGGAAAGAGAACCGCAGUAUUGGCUUGCAGCUCAAGGAAGUGCGCUUCGCCAAGGGUACAUACCCUCUAGUUACCGACGUGUGUCAGGAGCCAUGCUGCGAAUUGCUGCGGCAUAUUUGCGUGGGCGACGUGAUCAUCGAGAUCAAUGAACGCAACACAUCCACCAUGGGGGUGAAGAAGACUGUCAAUUUCCUAAAGACGUGCACCAAGACGACGCUGAUGAAGAUCCGACACGGUCCAGGCUACGUUAACCAACGUGUGAGUGCGACAGUAUGA